AUGGACGGUAGAAGAUAUAGACGACCGAAUUCCCCGGUCAUAUCCAACGAUCAGGAUUACGGCUCAAGCAUGGCUCGAAUGGAUUCCUCCCCUCGGCCAGCCUUCAGCCCAAAGUUUCUCCCACUCCUUCCAAUUCCCGCGCGCAGCCCUAGUCCUAGUCGAAUCCCGCAAUAUCGGGGAUCAGGCAACGCAGGAUCGCACAUGAAACCUCUUAGCUUGGUACCUGAACGGCCCGACGAAUCAGAUCCAUCAGCGACGCCGACUCCGCCGCCAGAGCUUAACGACGAUCAUUCCGUGGCUGUUUGGGGUCUUCAGAUUGCCGGACGUAUCCGGCAGCUUCGGAACGCGGCUCGGGGCCUGAUUCCGAAGCUGUACAGGCUGUCUAGGCUCGUUGACCUGGGUCCUCAGGACUCUCCCAAACCGCAGGACCAGGUUUGGAAAUCGGGGAUCGUGCCGGAAUUUCCGAAGCUGUGCACGCACCUGUGGAGGAAGUUUCCCGAACACCCACGGAACCUGCAACUUGACAAGGUGGACCGAACUGCUCUCGAGGUGUUCGCCAGCUUCGGCUCGCACUUCCAAGCCUCCCUGCAGCCCUGGUACGAGGUGCUGGUGGACCUGGCUCUCUUCAGGGAACACGCCCUCGUUCUGCUCAACGAUCUUGCCACCAGCAUUGUCACACUUUCUCCAAUGGUGAACCCGCUCGUGCUUCGCUCCUUCAUGGGCCUUUUCUCCGAUUUCGUGCGAGUUAAUAUCCUCUCGUUAAGGGCAGGGAAGAAAAUGAUAGUGCAGGUGCACGCACUGACAGUGCACUAUACCACCAACGGCCAAGUGCCAGAGAGCUACGACAGGUACGGCAAUCCCAAGGUAUGGCAAUCCCAAGGUGUGGCAAUCCCAAGGUAUGGCGAUCCCAAGGUGUGGCAAUCCCAAGGUGUGGCAAUCCCAAGGUGUGGCAAUCCCAAGGUGUGGCAAUCCCAAGGUAUGGCAAUCCUAAGAGCAUGUACCACCACGCUUCCUCCUCACUUCCUCCACCUCACUUCCCCCAGGGUGCUGCAGUACGUGCAGGCGUACGAUUCCCCCAUGCUGGGCCUGCAGGAGGUCCUCAUGGCUGCUGCUGUGUGUGUUGCUGUGAUGCAUACGUCUCCCCCUAUGCUGGGCGUCCAGGAGGAUCUCAGAUACGUGCAGGCAUACGACUCCCCUAUGCUGGGCGUUCAGGAGGAUCUCAGGACUUACGUGCAGGCAUACGACUCCCCUAUGCUGGGCCUCCAGGAGGAUCUCAGGACUGUUGCCCCCCGGAUCUCUAAGGCUGUGGACGUCAUUGCUCCCAUCAUUCUCGCAUGGGAAGACACUCAGAAGCUUCGCACAGACGUGUUUGUGAAGCCGUUCACAUCGUGGCCUGAUGUGGCAUCCGCUCCCCCGCCCUGGGACCUCAUGGUAUGGUGGGUCACUCUCCUCCACACGAGGGCCAUCGUGCCUCUUUUCAGAGACGAGGUGCUGUGUGUGCAUGCCGAGGUGCAGCAGUGGGCGGUGGGGCGCCUGGGGGAGGGGAAGAAAGCGGCCAAGGCAGCAGCGAGGCACAGAGCGCAGGGAGCACAGGAGGAGUAUCAGCGCCUGAGGGAGUGCUGCCGACUGCUAGGGGACCUAGUCAGUGGCAAUGGCAUGCACGCGUGUCUGCAGAGAAUGGCAGACGCGCACAGGAGGAGGCGUUUCCUGCUGGGCCACGAGGGCAGGCGCCUGCUGCUGAGGCUGGCGGACGAGCCCUCCCUGCUGCCACCCAUGCUGCAGCUGGUGCUGGCGGUGCUGGCUCUGCUGCGAGCUGAGGUGCACUGGGCCAUACUGCACACCUCCUGCCUCGCCCAGUCCGCUCCCGUCACGGUAAUCCAGGGGUUCUCUUUCUCUCUGCGCUGCCCUCUUGAGGGCCCUAAAGUGCGCCUCUCUCGCUCUCUCUUUGCUGCUGAGGUUGGCGGACCAGAGGCAGACUCGGUGGCAGUGCUGAUCGACACCAUGUUCCGCCUCGUGUCUCUCAUCCAGACCCACAUGCUUGCCGUCCAGGCGCAUGCAUCGUGGCAGGUGCAGUGGGGGGCGAGGCGUGUCAAAGAGCUGAUCGCGCUGCCAGCCGUGCGCCAGCUGGCGAUGGGCGCCCAGCUGGAGGCCUUCUUCCGUGACACGUCAGCGUCCAUGCUGGCAGCCGCCCGGUUCCUGUGCGACGCUGACGUGGCAUGCGCUGGCGGUGGGAAUGGCAGUGGCGGAGGGAGCAGCAUGGAGUACGAAGAACGAAUGCAGAUGCACGCCCUCGCAUCGGACCAGCUGGCAUGGCACAGCAUGAGGAGCGAGUGGAUACAGCUGCAGCUGCUGCUCUCAUCGCCAUACACCACGGUGUCAGCUCGAGUGCUGCAUCUGGUGUCGGGGGGGGAUGAUGGGCCGACUAGUAUCGUCACCGAAUGCAACCGCCUCUACACAUGGUGCAGGUGCAUUGAUCAGCUACCAGAGGUAGUGGACGAGCAAGCCUCCUUGCACCUCAUGUGCUAUUAUCGACCACAGAUGACCCAGGUGUUUCGCCAGGUGCUUUUCUCCCCGCACGGCACGCCAUCGCAUGCCAUAGGAUGGCUCAUGGUGGCUCAAGCUUUCCUGCACAACCUGCCGCACUCCCUUCCAGACGAGCGCCCCACCCUCCUGCCAACAGCAGUGCAGUUCGCCGACUCGCUGCUCCAUGCCAUCAUGGGGGGAGUGGACUCGCUUCUCUCAGCGCUACAGUCGGACCAGGGCCUCACUGGGCUACACAUGAAGACGCUACCAGCAGCUGCAGCAAUCCUACUAGCGACCACCACUCAAGGGACAUCCGCUCACCAGCAGUCACUCACACAUCCCUCUGCAGACCAACAGCACCAGCUGCUGCUGCAGCUGCUCCCAGGGAGUGAGAGCCAGCCGCACAACUGCGCACACAUUGCCAGGUAA